AGUUCUUGCCGAGUUCUUGCGCAUUGUGACAGCCUAGACACUGACCAGAUGAUCUAUGACAUCAGGGCCAGAAUCGGACCAUGGAGUCACGCCAAGUGCGCACCGCGCACCCCCACCAUAUUCGGUACUGUAAGAUAGCGGUUGAGAUCCUCACUCCACCGUAUUCGGGAAGGCCGGUUGGUCAGAAGGGGAGCUAAAUGGGAUCUGUGACGUAAGGGAAGAAACGCGAUCGCGGACCGGGGCGCGCGGUAUAAAAAGAGGAAGCUGGCGUUUGCUCGGGGCUUCUUGUGCCAGCCACCCGCUGAGAAAGCUAGGUGUAGUGUGUAGUAACGGCUCUUGCUUUGGGUAGUGCACGGAGACUUCAUGUAUUGUAUCAGAGAUUGAGUAAACAACAGUGACGUUGCUUCUUUUCUUGUUUGAUCUCUAUCAGUCUAUUACAGACCUUCUACUACGGUAGUGCGAAGCACACGCCUACAAUAUGUUGUUAUCUACCUCUAACUCAACAUUCUUGUCACCUUAUAUCUGUCAUCUUAGUUAUCUAUUAAUUGUCUCUUCAUAAUCGUGUUUAUAUAUGAUAUAAUUUUUUGCCGUUAGCUGACAGUCUGGUCAUAUUCCCAUGCGCGGCUGCCUGACUCUAUCUAACCUAACUCUGAAUUUAAUGAAAAAAUGCAUUACAAUUAAACACUCACUAUUAUAUCGCCUACGCCUAUCGCAUACGACAACAUGAUACUUAGAUUUGAAAAAAAAUCCUGUAUACCAUGCAGCUGUUCAUAUUAUCAGAAUAUGAAAAAGGAAUCGUGAUCCAGUCGAAGAUAAAACAUUAUACUGAGAUAAGAUGUAGAUAAUGAAGGUGUAUAUAAGCUUCGUGACGAGGCAGGGUAUAUAGGCACUCGAGUUUCAGCAUCAAACCCACCAUGAAGCUUCUAGUUCUGCUAGCCGUCGUCUGCGCCGCCAGCGCCGCUGCCCCGAGGUGGCCACGACUUCCCAAAGGAUGGGUUCCCCCGGACACGAAGAUUGUCGGCGGCGAGGAUGUGGACAUUAGGGAUUACCCAUACCAGGUUGCUAUGUACUACCGUGGUUUCUUUAAAUGUGGAGGCUCCAUUAUUGGUCCAAACACUAUUCUGACUGCUGCUAACUGCAUCUAUGGAUUGGAAAAUUUCCCCAGCCGUUUCUCUAUCAAAUAUGGCGUCACCGAUAAGACAAGUUCUGGAAAGACGGCAGGAGUGAGCAAGAUUAACGUCCACGAUGAGUACAGCGGUGAAUCUGUGACUAACGACAUCGCUACCAUGAUUCUGAGCUCCACCAUUGCAUAUUCUGAAACCGCCAGUGCCGUAAUGUUGGCGGGAACAAACAGCGGAACUUACGCCGGAGAGGACGCCGUUGUAUCUGGCUGGGGUUUAACCGAAGAAGGUAACGUAUCGCAAGAACGCAUCUUCCACGAGGAAAGCAUAACAUGUUAUGGUCAUACCAUCACAGCGGUUAGAGAUAGACGUCUUUAGUCUUGCAUGUCGCAGAAAGAAGUAUUUAAUAGGAUC